AUGAUUUGCCAGGACAGCCAUUCUGAAAUCAGCGGGUUUUACAGGUUGGAGGUGGCGGUCAAGACUCCGAAGGGGGGCAGGCAGUUCUACGUGCUGGUGAAAGAUGACGGAGAAGGUGGCUACAUCGGCAUUGCGCCCGAGCUCAAGGGGUGCUUGAGCCACGGACUUACUCUGAAUGAAUUGAUGUCAAAUAUGGAUGAGGUCAUUAGGCUGUGCCUUGAAGAUGGGGAGGAGGCAGAGAAUCCCUGCUUUUUCGGUAUCCAGAGGGUGACUAUCUAG